ACCUCCCCUUUCUUGUUGGCAUUAGCUGGUAACAGCAGAGAACUGGAUCUUGGAUAAUUUCGUAUUAAUCUCCAGUAACCAUGCUAACAAUCGGGAUGUUCAAAUCGAUGCUGACUCCAAACGUGGCUUCCCAAUGGCCAACACUCAAAGCUCUCACAAAGCCACCAAUAUCUAAUUGUUUUCAGAGCCUGGUUCCACACCGUCUUUUACACCUUCAAGUCGGGGACUCUGCAGAGCUGUCCAAAAUCUUUACUCAAAACGAUAUUGAAAUCUUCUCUCAGUUGACUGGUGACACAAACCCACUGCACCUGGAUGAGACUUUUGCUAAAAACACAAGAUUCGGGAGAACUGUCGUCCAUGGAGUUUUGCUCAAUGGUCUAAUAUCAGCAGUCUUGGGAACUAAAAUGCCUGGUCACGGUUGUGUACUCAUAUCACAAGAAAUCUGCUUCCCUGCACCACUGUAUGCUGGGGAAGAAGUUGUUGCUAGAGCACAAGUUAAAACUUUAAAGCGAUCCCUGGCUUUUAUUACUGUAUCUUGUGUUGUCCCUCAAUAUCAGCGCACCGUCAUGGAAGGGACUGUUAAAGUCUUGGUUUCUGAUCACCAAUGAUUCUAAUUCUCUUAUUGUAUAUAUGCUUUACAAAUGGAAUAUUAUAAGUUUUCCAAAAUCAGGUGGAAAGUCCCAUUAAGAGAAAAAAAAGAACUUAUCUAAAGGAAUAAUGUAGAUGGUUCUCCUUGGCGAAUGCUGUUACAUUUUAGUGCAGCUACUCAGGAGGGAGAACCAUCUAUGUAUUGCUUUAGAUACGUAUUUUUUUUAUUAUUAUCUAUGUGAAAGGGUUAAGCUCUGGUGCUAUCCCACUGGUACAGGUGAACAUUAGGGUGCAAUUUAGGAUUACCUUGAUAUUUAAAUCUGUGUUUAUUGUAAAGUCCUAUUAGUCUGUGACAUCAAGUCAAUGUUUACAGGCUAUAUAAAAUGUAUAUUUUUCAAUAAUAAACACUUGUGAAUAUAUCAU